GUCGCGGCAGAUGCUGCACUGCAGAUCGGCAUGGGUGCUGCCAAAGGACAGCAGAUCAGUGUGCUGAAGGUUCAAAUGGCCGUGGAUUUGGCGCGAGAUGCCAGUGCUUGUUGCAGGGAGCUCCCUGAGGUACUGGAGCCGCCAAGAUGGUGGAAGAACACUGAUGACUGGCCUCCUCACGUCGUGGACUUGCUGACUUCGUUCACAGCUAUAGCCAAGCAAACAAUGAGCCUUUGCAAGAUGGGAGCUGAAGCUGUUGUGACAUGGGCUGAAGUGGCCUCUGAAAGCUGUUUGGGAGGACAGAAACGACGUCUGGCUACUAUCGCUUUCGCUCUUGACAACGUUUCGAGAGCUGUUAGUUCGGCAGCAUUUCUGGCCUCUGAAAGGCUGAAGCUGAUUCAGUUGGUGCUGGAUGCUCUUCAGGAUAGAGUUGAAAGGCAUUUGUCUGGAUUCAAGCUUCUUCAAGCAGUUUCUUCUGGAAUAUCACUCUCAAAGUACAUCGGAGCAGAAGACCGCAUUCAGGAGUCCGAGCCUGCUCUCUUGGUGCGUUUUUUCUGUGCCGCUUCAGCCACUGCGCUGCUGGAGCUGCGUGCUUUGGUACUAGCCACUCACACAUCUUGGUUUGAGAAUGCAUUGUCAACGCUGGAUGAUGGCAAGCUGAUAUUGGAGAAGACAGCCUCGGAUGAGCUACACAUCAGGCAUCUCCAAGUAUCUGCGGACUUCUUGCAGCCCAGGGUCCUAGAGAAUGAAGGUGUCCUCAAGCGGCUGAAGAAAGAACGUCCAAGUGGCUCGUUGAUCUUGCAAGCACUGGCAGAAGUUGUGAAUCAGUCCUUAGGGGCCCAAGCUUUGCCCGAUUUGGUGAUCUUGGACUUGAGUGCCGAGACCAGCUACUCCCAAGCCAUGUAUUUUGCCGAGGAGGUUGAACAACAUCUUCCAGCAGGGGUCAAAGUGUUGUGGCUGGAAGAGUACUUCAUCAAGAACGGGCCGCAACUCACAACAUUGUUCAAUACAGUUGCAGAGCAACGGGAUGAAGACCUGCGGACAAAGGUUGUCUUCAGGCCUGCCUUUGGUCUUCACACUCGUGAUUCACCUUUGUGGGACAAGGCCCCAUCAUUGGCUAAGCAGCAUUGUGCGAGUGCCAAGCGCUGCUGGAGGAUGAAGCCAUGCGAGAGGGCGACAGCGGCUCCACCUGAGCGGCGAACUCAGAGAAUCUGCGGCUCGCCGCUGACGGAUCGCAUUUUCCAAACCCUGCGGCCAAGGCCAUUAGAAGGUGAUCGCCUCCCCUUGGAUGUUGGAAGCAGCGUUGAGCUUUGCUCAGGACGUGACAAGUGGGGGGAGGAGGCGUUUGAUGCAAGGAUGAAAAUUGCUGAUGCGCUUGAGCCUCAGCCGCAGUGCGGCCGCCGUGCCCAAGGUCCGGCUCUCACGAGAUGUCACGAGAUGUCACGAGAUGUCGAGGUUCCAAGCAGUGGUCCGCGGGAACGAGUUGCACGGAUUGUGGCGCUUCAACGCGCAGGGUCGCUUUUCUGGCCAAGCCUCAUCAAUGGCACUUCUCUGGGAGCUCACAAAGAGAUGAGCUUACGAUUUCUUCGACAACUGUCGGUGCUUGAAUUUGUAGAGCCAGAACAAGAAUGGGAAGAAAGCGAAGAAGAAGUGGUUCGCUGCGAAAUUAGUUUGAUUGCUGACUUCCCAAUGAGUUUGAUUGGAGAAGCUGCACUGCUGUUGCAGCGCUCCAUCUGGAGUGUUUUGCGAAUUCGCGAGUAUAGUGUUGUGCUACUGCCUGGAUACUAUUCCAGUCCCGUCGUGGACGAGGAUAUUCCAAAUCCUGCUGAACUGAGUUUGCAGACCUUCAAGUUUGGAUUUGCCGUGUUGCCCCCGAAAGGUGGCACUCAAGACGUUAGUUUUAUGCUUCGCAAGGCAUCAGAGUCUGCGAUUCUGACGAGGUUCAAAGAGCUGGUUUUGUCAAGCCAGGCUAUGGAGCAGGUGCAAGUGAACCCCUAUUGGCUCCUGAUUAUGCCACUUCCAACAGUCAGCGUGGAGACGGUCAGGCGUCCAAUCCUUUUUGAAACCUGGACUUCAACCCCUGAGCCGCUGCCUUACAUCCCCCGCAUCACUACAACCGAAAACAACGGAAAUCCCCGAGAAUGUAUUACGAUAACUGCGCCAUGCACUUGUGCUGGUCUCCCUGAAUGUGAGUGGGUGAAAGUGAAUGACGUGGCCCAGUGUCAGCGUGGCGACGGUGGUGUUCCCUGCAGCGCCUGUGAUGCACAGCAGGUAUGCCAGGCUCUGACCUGCGGUGGAUUGAGAUCUGCCUGUCUUUGUGCACGGUCACACCUCCAGUGUCACUGGGAAUCACAGUUAGGCACUUGUUUGGAGGGAGCUGGCACAACAAAGUGCAGUGCUUGUGCAACACAAUCACAUUGUCAGCCACCGGAGAUUGUGUCGUUUGUGCCAGCAUCAGGUGUGCAGUUGACAAUGCCCGAUCAUCAGCAAUUGCAGCUGGACUUUGACCGCACCGUCACAAUCAGGCAGACAGGAAGUGUUUCCUUCACCUGCACUGGCCAGCCAUUGCCGUUUUACGUUCCAUGGGAGCACAUUGAGCCAAGUCCGUCAAGAACAGGCAUCCGUAUCAGCAUUGCAAAGUUACUCGAAGCACAGUUCAAGACAACGCGACAAUGCACUUUGCAGAUUGGAUAUGGAGUCGUGGUGGACAAUGCUGAUGUUCCAUUCAUAGGUUUGGAGAAAGAUCUCUACAGCUUCAAACUGGGAGAUACACUCCAGCCGAAUGUGAUCUACUUUAGUCCAGCCAAUGGUCAAAGUGAUGUAGAGGAAGGUGGGAUGGUGACUUUCACCUUCGAUGAGGAUGUGGUUCUGCUUUCAGGAAGCCAAGUGAUCAUUCUCUACGAAGGAUCCGGCCAAGGAGACUCCACCGGAAAUGCGGGUGCGGCAAUUGCCGAGUUCAAGAUGUCAUCGCCCAAUGUGGCCAUCAGUGGACGUGACGUCUCCGUGGACUUGUCUCAGUUUACCAAGGGAAAUGAACAGUACUCCGUGGAUUUGCCCAACCGGGCCCUUUCUGACGAAGCUGGCAAUGUCUUUCCAGGCAUUCCUGCAGGUUUUUACACGUUCCGAACCCGACAUACAGAAUUGCUCGAAAAUGGAACUGUACAAAGCUUCGAAGAAUACAUGCCUUUGAUGAUGGCAGGUGGGGCUGCGUUUGUGGUCUGUCUCGGUGGACUGAUCAUAUGGCGAUUUUGCAAGCUGAAAACGAUGAAAAAGUCCAGCGUCCGACCGACCAUGGCACCAGGCUUUGCCUUCGAGAAGGACGAUCUUGAAUUGGAUGGCUCGGGCACUUUUGCUUCCACAUGGAGUUUUGGAAACCAGUUAGAUGCGGACAAUUCCAACGAUGCCAGUGGCCGAAAUUGGGCGCACAAGGUUCGGUCACAACAAAGUCCUCAAGCUCAAUGGCAGGGGGCCUUUGUCAAGUCCUCAGUCGCCAGAAAAGGCCUUUCCGGUGCAGGUUCUGCAUCUGCAACUCUGGACAGGUCCAGUUCACACGGUCCUGCUAUCAAUAAACCGGCCACACCAAGUGGACCAAGACCUACCUUGGGUGAAUUUCAGAGCAAGAGCUUCAGCAAACGCUCUUACAGCACUUACAGCAACCUAGGUUCUGGUGGAAAGGAGAAUCCUCGAGAUUCAACCAAUUCAACCAGUCAGUCCCAAUCCUCCCAGUCAAAACCUGGCUCGAAACCCCAAACGCCAACUGCGAAGGCACCUUCUGCCGCUGACUUCAGUGGGGAUGCCGCCGAAGUGAAAGCGAAGAAGCUGGCGGUUGAGAGGAAGCUCAGGGACUUGAUGGACAAACCGAUGGCUGAAAGAAAGAAAGCCCUGCGGGAGAUGAUGUUGGAAUACCAUCCGGACAAGAGCUCCGAUGAACAUGCCAAGGAAGUCUUCCAGUUUAUCAAUGCAUCUCGCUCAUGGUUCCUAGCAGUCUGGGCCUGUCAACCGUCCUUUCCAUGCGGUGGACACGGAGAUCGUUUGAAGGGCAUUGUCGCUGCCUUCAUUUUGGCCGUCCUCACUGGUCGUCUCUUCUUUCUGGAUGCGCCUGAUCCGUGGGAUUUGAAGGUCUUUCUGGAGCCCAAUCUUCUGGAUUGGCGUCUGGCGGGACUAGCUGGCACAGCAGGUGGAAGGCAUGUGUUGUGGGACCACGACCAUUUCGAGGACACCUAUUUGAAUCAACUGCUGUCCGAAGAGGAGCCAGUGUGGGUGAUCUACACAAACAAGAAAUCGUUGCUCGGGCCGAUCUUGCGGCAUCCAGUGCUAUCUGAACGUGCAGAAAUAAUGCAACUUCUGAACAUGCCGUACCUCACCAAACAGGUUUGGUCGAUACUUUUCCGACCAACAGAUGCCCUGGAGAGACACUGGGGAAAACUGCGACUUCGGCUUGGAGAAGGCUUCAUAGCUUUGCACCACAGAUCUGGCGACAUCCCCGCUGGCUUUGGAAUGGUGAACGGGGAGGCGGAUGUGCGCUCAAACGACAAGACGGAACUGCUUCGUGUUCUAACCUGCGCGCACGCAGUGGAGCGCUCCUUGAAACUUCCACCAGCUACAAGGUGGUAUCUUGCAUCGGACAAUGCUGCAGUGGAGAGGCUUCCUCAGGUUCAGAAUUGGUACAAGGCGGGCAAGUUGGUCUUGCCAGAUCAGCAGAGGCGGGCCCAUCUUGCUGCCGAGAGUUUGGUGCCCCCAUGCGGUUCAUCCCAGGUUCAUGUGAACCAAUCACCUCUGCAGGUUUUGCCUGCCGCAGCAUCUCUCAGCAGAGUUGCGGAUGCAUGGGUCGACUUCCUUGCAAUCUCCAGAGCGACUGCAGCAGUCGUCUCUUCCAGCGCCUUCAGCAUAAUGGCUGCAGAGGCUGGUGGACUUCAUCACACCUAUUCCUCCCACGGCUGCGUACAUGUCGACUUGCUCAUUUGA